AUGUUGCCGCAUGAGCUCCCAUCGGUCGCCCUCAUCGGGCUCGGCCUAGCUAUUUCUUAUUUGAUUAUCACGCGUGUCCAGGGAUUUUUGCGUUCGAGACACAUACCAGGUCCGUUUUGGACCGCGUGGACGGAUCUCUGGGUGAUUCGCGCGCAGUUGAGCGGCCGUUUCUGCUUUAUCCUGCAGGAUGCAAAUAAGAAAUACGGUCCCAUUGCAAGAAUCGCACCCAACUGGGUUGUGUGCGGCGAUGCUGCAGAACUGCGGCGCAUCUGGGGUGUCCGGUCGGCCUUCAAGCGACCAUUUUGGUACCGGAGUUUUCGGUUUGACCCUUACAAGGACAACGCCUUCUCUACAACCGACGACCAAAUCCAUGAGGCCCUGAGGGCAAAGCUCAUGCCAGGCUACGGCGGCAAAGAUGUCGACAACCUUCAUCAGCUCAUCGACCGGCAGGUCGCAGGGUUGGUGUCGUUACUUGAAAAUAAGUAUCUCUCGAGCGAAGGUGAAUUCAAACCCGUCGAUCUGGCGCGCAAGGUCCAAUAUUUCACUCUCGAUGUCAUCUCCGCCCUCGCAUUCGGCAAGGAACUCGGCUAUCUCGAGGCCGAUAAAGACCUCCAUAGCUACAUUGCAACCACGGAAAGCACCCUCCCGAUCAUGCUUACCAUUGGCUUCCUCCCGUGGCUCCUCCGGGUUAUCCAGUCCCCACGGCUCAAGGCGUUCAUGCCUGACAUUGACAAGGUUGUCGGUAUUGGCACCGUGAUCAAAACCGCCCACCAAGCCGUGGCCGAGCGGUACGGUGAAAAGCCGGUCAUCAAGAGGGACAUGCUCGGCUCCUUCGUCGCCCACGGCUUGACUCGGGAGGAAGCCGAGGGCGAGACUGUUGUUCAGAUUAUUGCCGGUUCUGAUACUUCAGCAACUGCCAUCCGUUCCACUCUACUUUUCAUCAUCACAAACCCCCUGGUCUACCGCCGUCUCCAGGCCGAAAUUGACACCGGUAUUCAAGAGGGGCGCAUUUCGUCUCCCAUCACCGACGCCGAAGCCAGAGAGCUGCCUUACUUGCAGGCUGUCAUCCGCGAGGGCUUGCGCUUGUGGCCCCCCGCGACCGCCGCGCUGCCCAAGGUUUCCGAUCAGGACCAGGUUGUCUGUGGUGUCCAUAUUCCGGCUGGCACCAACAUUGCUUGGGCUCCGUUUACCUUUCUCCGGAACAAGGAGACUUUUGGCGAGGAUGCCGAUGUGUUCCGCCCUGAGAGAUGGCUCAACAUUGAUGUAGACAGGUAUAGGACCAUGGAUCAGACUGUUAUGAUGGAGUUUGCUUCUGGCAGCCGCUGGGAGUGUCUGGGCAAGACUGUGGCACAGAUUGAGUUGAACAAGACAUAUGUUGAGCUCCUCCGUCGUUUCGACAUUGCCUUGCUCGAUCCCACCAAUCCUUGGACGUCGUUCAAUGCGGCUGUCUUCAUCCAGAGCGAUAUGAAUGUGAAGGUUACGAAGAGGGAUCUGGCUUAA